UUCCGGUGUGCUCGUGCCGCUGGGUGUCAUGGGCAUGAGGCGGAUUUAUCACAUGAACUGAGAUAAAAAGUCAGAAAUCUGUUUUUUAUCUGGUUUCAUUUCGGAUUACUGAUUAAUGAGGAGCUAAAAAACUGUGUACACAGACAACAGAGUGAGAUUACAGAGAGAAAAUCCGUCACCGUACGUUGGGAACACAGGUUCUGAGGAUGAUGAUGUCAGGGUUACGGUUGUCACGGCAGCAGCUGAAGCGGUUGGAGGAGCACAGGUACAGCAGUGAAGGUAAAUCUCUCCUGGAGCCGCUCAUGCAGCCGUUCUGGUACUGGUUGGUGGAGAGAGUUCCUCUGUGGGUCGCCCCCAACCUCAUCACCAUCAUUGGCCUCGCUCUCAACAUCACCACCACACUCAUCCUGGCCUACCACUGUCCAACUGCUACUGAGCAGGCUCCAACGUGGGCAUACCUGUCCUGUGCACUAGGGCUAUUUAUCUACCAAUCACUGGACGCCAUCGAUGGUAAACAAGCGAGACGGACCAAUAGCAGCACUCCACUCGGGGAACUCUUCGACCAUGGCUGUGACUCACUCUCUACUGUGUUUGUGAUUCUCGGUACAUGUAUAGCUGUUCAGAUGGGGACGAACCCUGACUGGAUGUUCUUCUGCUGUUUUGUGGGUGUGUUCAUGUUCUACUGCGCUCACUGGCAGACGUACGUCUCAGGAACACUGCGCUUUGGCAUCAUCGAUGUGACUGAGGUGCAGAUGUUCAUUAUCCUGGUUUAUCUCCUGGCUGCAGUAGGAGGAUCAGUGUUCUGGCAGUCUGUGAUUCCAAUGUUGAAUAUCCAGAUGAAGAUGAUCCCUGCUUUCCUGACCUUCCUGGGAGCCAUAUUUUCCUGCACUAACUACUUCCCGGUCAUCUUCACAGGGGGGAGGGGCAAGAACGGCUCCACCAUUGCGGGGACGAGUGUGCUUUCUCCAGCGUUCCACAUCACCCUGCUGUUGGUGUUGGCCGUGUUGGUGUAUAAGAUGUCAGCUGAGCAGCUGUUUGAGAAAAAUCCGUGUCUCUUUGUGUUAGUGUUCGGCUUCGGCUCUGCAAAACUCACCAACCGCCUGGUGAUAGCCCACAUGACGAAGUGUGAGAUGCAGCGCAGUGAUUCUGCGUUUGUUGCUCCUCUUCUGCUCGUUAUUAAUCAGUACUUCAACAGUUUCGUCAGUGAACACUUCCUCCUCUGGGGGGCGCUGGUGUUCUCUGCAUGUGAUCUGGUGUGUUACUGCACAGGUGUGUGUGAGCAGAUCGCCACUCACCUCAACAUCAGUGUGUUCAGUCUUCAGAAACCCAAAAACUGCCGCAACAACCACCACUAACACACACACACACACACACACACACACACACACACACACACACAAUUCUCCGUCCUCCUGUUAUACUCCUAAAGCAGGUCAGUCACUUUGGUGAACUAACACACACACACACACACACACACACACACACACAGAAUCAUGUGACUUUUCUCCAGAAUGGAGAUUUUAUAGAUGAGAAAUUACAUUAACAUUUAUUAUUUUUCUGCUAUAAGUUCAUGUUACAGCUGAACAUUAGUGUUAAACAGGAAGUGGAUUCUCUGCUGCUCAGUUUCCCUCAACACCAUGAACAUUUAUAGUUUACAUGUAUAGUCCAGUUUAUAUGUGCUAUCAGGAGGCGUGUCAUUCAUUUUCAGUGUUCAGUAUUAACUCCAGCACACUGGUCUGUGAUGCUAAUACAAGGUAGUUGAUUAGCAUGAACAAGUGAGUUCACAUCCCAACAUCGUUUUAAUGCACUGUGGGUACACUUAAGUCUAGUGUUUGCUGAUAACAGGCAGGCACACACACACACACACACACGCGCACACAGUCACAGACACACACACACACACGCGCACACAGUCACAGACUCACACACACACGCGCACACAGUCACAGACUCACACACACGCGCACACAGUCACAGACACACACACAGACUCACUCUCACACACACACAGACUCACUCUCACACACAGUCACAGACUCGCGCACACAGUCACAGACUCACUCACACACACACUCACACACAGACACACACAUACACACACAGACUCACUCACACGCACACAGACUCAAACAUACACACACAGGCACAGACUCACACACACAGCCACAGAGACACACACACAGGAGAGCAGUGUGUAGAUGUUGUUAGAGGAUCAGAUUAAUACUCACUGCUUCUUGUUGUGUGUGUUGUGGUGUGAGGGACGUGUGGUCAGCGUUGUGUGUUCUUAUAAAAAACGUCUGGAUUUUGUUUAUUUGUUAGUUCUGUUACAGUCGUACAUCAGGCCUCAAGUCUUCCAACAACAUCUAAAGAUAUAAAGAUUUUUUGUGAUUAAAAACAUAAAGCAGCAGGUGAAGAAGCUGUAAAAUCACUGCACUGUUUAAUAACACACUCUGGUUGACUUCCUCUGAGCGUUUAAAGUCUACUCACUAGCACUAGCAUGCUAACUAGCUAGCAACAAUCAAAUGUAUUAAAAGUUUGAAAAUAUUUGUAUUUUUAAACUGUGCAGUGCAUUCUGGGUAACUGAGUGAACUUCCUCCAAGCUGGAGAUAACAUUUAACCUGGGGACCGAGGGGAGGUGGACGAGGGCGCAGGUGGUGAUGUCACUAAGUUAAGCUCCGCCUCUGAACACUGGGAGAGUGUUGACUGGUUUACACUCCUGAGUUAAUGUGAUGACCUGAUGAUCACGUGCCUUUCUCUGUUAAACUGAACUCUAUGCACAUGACGUUUUACACGUGAACCACGUCACAGAUUCAUUCUUCAUUUAAACAGGUGUGUGUGUGAAAGCUUUAAAGGUGCAGGACGUGUUUUUCUCUAUCUGAGUAAAUAAUGUACAGAAAGUUACAGUGAGUUUCAGGUCUGUUUUAUUCUCAUGAGGUUUUAGUGUGUUGGGUUUUUUAACCUUCUUUAUGCUGCAGCACAGGUCACGUCUCAGAUUGUGAUUAAACCUGUGCUCUGGACUCACAUCCUGACUUCCUGCUUCUUCAUUUAAACAUCUCUGCUGUGUGCUUCAUGUUAACAUUCAACAUUGUUCUAACUCUCGGGUAACCUUUCACCAUGUGGGCAGAGCUGUAAACACUGCUGCUCGUCUCAGUGAUGAUGGUGAUGAUGAUGAUGAUGAUAAAUAAAUAGCGAUUUCUCCUCCAGCUCCAAAUUAUGAACCAAUCACAAGCUCUUUUUUCUCAUUCACUAUUUCAGUUUCAGUUUCUUUGUAUAGCGCUUUUAGUAAUUCCCAUUGUCUCAAAGCAGCUUUACAGAAGCAUAGCAACAGAAGCGAGAUCUAAAGAGAGAAAUAGAGAGAAAAUAAAUAUAUUUAAUAUAAAGAAAAAAUAAGAAUGAAAAUAAAUAAAGAAAUGAAUAUAUACAAUUAAAGUUUAGCAUUAAUUUAAUUACUAAGUUAACUGCAGCUACAGAUAACCUGAAGGUUUUAUUGUUUUUUUCCCCCUGAUGUGAACAUGGAGCUCUUUCUCACACUAACAUCACACACUAACACACUCUCACUUCUGUAACGACGAUCUGCUUCUCGGUGUUUAUUUUUGUUCUACUUCAGUUAAUGUAGUAAAGCAGCUCUAAUGCUGUCACCUGCAAACUCACUCCACUGUAACUCUGGGGUUCGGCUCCGUUCCCUUUACACUUUGGGUGCUGUGUCUUGGGGUUUCCUGUUGACAUUGUGAGUAUUUUAUUCUUAAUGUGAUGGGUAAUGUUCUAUUAUUCAAUUCUCAUUGUUCACCUGCUGCAUAUGCAAAUGAGGUGGGAGGAGCCUACAGCCUGUUGUCAGUACUGCACCUUUAAUUCCUCUGUUCAUGACAUUACAGCACAUUAAACGUGAAGUGUUUGGAAGUGUGUGUGUGUGUGUGUGUGUGCGCGUGUGUGUGCGGUAUCCUGUUUAACUCUACCUCUUUAACACAUUGUGUGUUUGUGGUUAUUCAUGUCCUCACAUUCCUUAAAUAAAUCUGUGUUUUCAUUUGGUUAUUAUUAUUAUUUUUAUUAUUAUUUUAUUACUAUUUUUAUUAGUAUGAUUAUUAUUAUUAAUAAAAUUAAUAUUUUUAUUAUUAUUUUUAUUAUGAAUAUUAUAAUUAUUAUUUUUUUUAUUAUUACUUUUAUUAUUAAUAUUAUUAAUAAUAAUAAUAUUAUUAUUCCUACAGAUUUUGUAGAGACUCCUAUUUUGAUAUGAUUUUAUUGCAUCCUUUUUAUAAUAUUUUUGUCACUAGUGCACUGUGUAGUGAGCAGGAUGUGAUACAGGUGCAUUACUGAGUGAACCCAAAGCAGGUGUGUGUCCACUACACACUGCACUAUUUUAGGAAAUGUGUUAAUGGUUUUGUGUUAAUGUGCGAUUCCAUGAUGCAGCGUAAGAGAUCAACACUGUAGGGUUUUGGUGUUCAGUGGUGUUCAUCAUAGUCCAGACUAUUUAAAUACAGAUUACCCACAAUGCACUGUGGCCAGUAUAACCGAUUAGGGGGUGUGGUUUGGGACACAGUGGGAGUGACGUCAACACAACGAGGAUUUUUAUUAAUUUAUUUAUUUUUUGUUUAUUUUGAACCCUCUGAGUUUCAUCUGGUCUGUAUUUUAAUUGUACACUGAAUGUAAUCAUGUUGAUUUGUAACCUUGUCCAGUGUAAAAAAUAAAGACUGUUAUAUUAACAUCAACCCAAACUUCCAGUCGCAGCUCCGUGUGAGAGUCUGGACUUAAAACGAUUACACGUUUCAUGAGAAAGUCACAUUUAGGACACAUGAGUGGUUUUAAAGAGUAAUAAAGAGACAAACACUUUUAUUUA